GAGCCAAACAAAUGUACAAUAUCGACGAGGCACGUUAAGUUCCAUGUCUUCAAAGGCCGUUUACGAAGAAUCCGCUAAGUCAAUAAUUUACCAUUCUAUAUGCUGUUCACAGCUGUCUAAAAACCCUCUCCGGGUUUUCGAAGCAGGAAGUGACCUGAGCAGUGUGACAGAUGACUGGAUAUUACAAGGCCAACUUGUCAGUAAACCGGAUGUGCUUAUUAAACGCAGAGGAAAAUUGGGGCUGGUGUUUGCAGGUUUAAAGUGGACAGAUGUGCAGAAACAACUGAGUAAAUUUCUAGGACGUAGUCUCAAUAUUGGUUCUACUUCUGGGAUUCUUGAUCGCUUCAUUGUCGAGCCUUUCGUGCCACAUGAACAGUCAGAAGAAUAUUAUCUAUGCAUAUAUACACAAAGGCAUUCCAAUGUUAUUCUUUUCCAUCAUGAAGGUGGUGUAGGAGUCGGUGAAGUGGAUUUAAAAGCAAAACGUUUUGAAGUAUCCGUUGAAAGUUUGAUGAAAGGUGAUAAUUCUGAAGAAGAAGGAAUGAAAGCUGGUUGUUCUGUAAAUCAGAUACUACAAAGUACACUUCUUUCAGAGGUGAAAUGUCCAAUACGUGCACAAAUGCUAGCAGAAUUCAUUGUUGAACUACACGCCGUAUUCGAUCGUCUGCAUUUUACAUAUUUGGAGAUUAAUCCAUUAGUUAUAUGCAAAUGGAAUCUACUCAAUAAUGCGAAUAAUAAUAAUAAUGAUAAUAGCAGCAGCGGCUUGUACCUUCAUAUAUUGGAUGUGGCAGCAAAAUUAGAUCAAUGCGCUGAACACUUAUUCACAUCAAGUUUGGAAUGGACAGUUAAUGGAAAAAUGUUAGAAUUUCCAUACGGUUUUGGUAAAAGUCAAAGUAAAGAGGAAGCUUAUAUAGCCAAGUUGGAUGCACGUACUGGAGCCUCAUUGAAAUUAUCAAUUCUUAAUCCAGGUGGUCGUAUAUGGACAAUGAGUGCUGGUGGUGGCGCUUCAGUCAUCUAUGCUGACACAGUGUGUGAAUUAGCUGAAAGAGUUAAAGCAGCCGGCGGUGCAAGUCAAGGUGCUAGAGAUUUAGCCAAUUACGGGGAAUAUUCUGGUGCACCAUCGGAAGAAUUGACGUAUGAAUAUUCGAAAACUCUGUUAUCUUUAAUGACGAAUGGAGAUCCACAUCCAGAUGGCAAAGUUUUGCUGAUCGGUGGAGGAAUUGCAAAUUUUACAAAUGUUGCUGCCACUUUCAAAGGUAUUGUACGUGCAUUGACAGAAUUCAAGGAGAAACUUCAAACACACAAGAUACGUAUAUUUGUACGUCGUGCUGGUCCAAAUUAUCAAGAAGGUCUUCGAGUUAUGCGUGAAUUAGGUCAUACAAUUAAUGUACCGAUUUAUGUAUUCGGUCCUGAAACACAUAUGACGGCUAUUGUAUCAAUGGCAUUUGGUCUACGUGAAAUACCUUCACCAAAGCCUGGCUCUUCGCAUACCAACACAUCUGAUAGCCUGUCGUUGUGUAAUCUUAGUACAUCUAGUCAUCAUGACUACAACAAGAAUAAAGACAUAUCGUCUGUGAUGAUUAAUCAGAGUCAUAAAAUUUCGGAAUAUGAGAAUCAACAAAAGAUGCUGAAUCUGCAUAAAACACACGAGACAUUUUUCACUAAAGAAACCAAGUGUUUAGUAUGGGGGUUACAAGUGAAAGCUGUUCAGUCAAUGCUGGAUUUUGAUUAUGCUUCAGAGCGUGAUAGCCCGAGUGUUGCUGCUUUAAUUUAUCCUUUCAACGAUGAUCAUCAAAUGAAAUUCUACUGGGGUGCAAAAGAAUUAUUUCUACCCGUGUACAAGAAUAUGUUGAAUGCAAUGCACCGGCAUCCAGAAGCACGUGUUCUAGUGAAUUUCGCUUCACUACGUGUUGCCUAUGAUGUGUGCAUGGAAGCAAUGCAAGUGGAUUGUAUUCAUCAGUCUUCUAAUCUUCUAAGCAACAGUGGUGGUGGUGAUACUGUCGAGAGUUUCUUGAUGAUGACUGGGAAUCAACGUGAACCACAAAUCAAGUGUAUUGCUGUUAUUGCUGAGGGGAUACCAGAGAAUUUUACUCGUCGGUUAAUUCAACGAUCAAAAGAAAGAAAUGUACUAUUGAUUGGUCCAGCGACUGUGGGCGGUUUAAAGGCUGGUUGCUUUAAAAUUGGGAAUACAGGCGGAAUGACGGACAAUAUACUUGCUUCAAGACUUUAUCGUCCAGGAAGUGUCGCUUAUGUCUCCCGAUCUGGUGGAAUGUCCAACGAACUCAAUAAUAUCAUCUCGAUCAAUUCAGAUGGUGUCUACGAAGGUGUAGCUAUCGGUGGUGAUCGUUUCCCUGGUUCAACAUUUCUUGAUCAUAUUCUACGUUAUGAAAGGAAUCCUGAAGUUGGUAUGAUUGUUGUAUUGGGUGAAGUUGGUGGUGUUGAAGAAUACGCUUUAAUCGAUGCUGUGAAAUCGGGUAAAGUGAAAAAGCCAAUUGUAGCCUGGUGUAUUGGUUCGUGUGGAGAAUUAUUAGCCGCUGUAGAUGAUACAGGCAGUGGAUCAAUUCAAUUUGGUCAUGCUGGUGCAUGUGCUAAUUCCCUGAAAGAAACAGCUACAGCUAAAAAUCAGGCGUUGGCUGACGUUGGCAUACAUGUACCCUCAUCAUUUGAUGAAUUGGACCUGUUGAUUAGACGUGUAUUCGAUGAUCUUGUGCGCAGUGGUCAAUUGAUACCGAAACCAGAUCAUUCACCUAGAACUGUACCAAUGGAUUAUUCAUGGGCAAAAGAAUUAGGUCUGAUUCGUCGGCCAGUUGCAUUUACCUCGACGAUAUGCGAUGAUCGUGGUGAAGAAUUGCUAUAUGCUGGAUUGCCUAUUAGUCAAGUGAUUGAAGAAGAAUUGGGCAUUGGUGGAGUUCUUAGCCUGCUGUGGUUUAAACGAAGAUUACCUGAAUAUGCAAGGAAAUUUCUUGAACUUUGUUUGAUUAUCACAGCUGAUCAUGGUCCAGCUGUUUCUGGUGCGCAUAAUACAAUAGUGACAACACGAGCUGGUAAAGAUUUAAUCUCAAGUCUUGUCACAGGUUUAUUAACCAUUGGUGAUAGAUUUGGUGGUGCAUUAGACGCGGCGGCACGUCAAUUUUCAACUGCUUAUGACACGGGCCUAUCACCUGUUCAAUUUGUUAAUCAAGAACGUCAAGCAUCACGUUUAAUUAUGGGCAUCGGUCAUCGGAUAAAAUCGAUCACAAAUCCAGAUAAACGUGUCCAACUGUUAUCAAAUUAUGUGCAUCAAUAUUUUCCAGCUACACCGAUUAUUGAUUAUGCAUUUGAAGUAGAAAAGGUGACCACCUCUAAGCGUCCAAAUUUAAUUCUCAAUGUUGAUGGAAUGAUCGGUGUAGCUAUGGUGGAUUUACUAAGAAAUUGUGGUCAUUUUACAAGAGAGGAAGCUGAUGAAUAUGUCAAUAUUGGUACAUUGAAUGGUUUAUUUGUCUUGGGUCGAUCAAUCGGUUUUAUUGGUCAUUAUUUGGAUCAAAAACGUUUACAUCAAGGCCUGUAUCGUCAUCCAUGGGAGGAUAUAUCCUAUAUGCUACCGAAAGAUCUGUAAUCACGGAGGCAUAGACAUCCGUGCACACACAAGCACACACAAAUAAGAGAAGUAUUAAAAGCUCUAUAAUACACGAAAAAGAGGCAAAAAUUAUUAAGUGUCUAUUCUCUAUUUCUGCGUGUGUGUCUCAUUGUUACUUAAUUUCUUAUUAUUAUUACUAUUAUCAUUAUUUAUCUUUAUCAUGUCAAGUGGAAUGCAUUUCCCUCACUUGCCCCAUCGGCCCCAUACCCUGCCUCACUCCAUUUUGUUGUAUCUCUCAUUCAUUUGCCCUCCUUCUCUUUUUCUCUCUCUGUAUGUAUCUGAGUAGAGUGUUCUGUUGAAGAGGAGUGAGAGGGAGAGAGAGGGUUCGAUGAAAGUUGGGGGUUUUAGGAGCAGAGAUAAAGGAUGUAAGGGUUUGGGAGUUGGUAUGGGAUAAGAACUCGAAACAACAUAGCAAUAGGUGUCAAAUGAUGGGUGUCCGCGCGAGAGGGAGAGAGAGACAGGAUGAAAAUAAUCUUUAUUCGACUUAUUUAUUUAUCAACACCAUCAUCCUCAUAUAGGAAUUAUCGUCAUUCUCAUCAUGGGAGGUAUUCAGUCAUUCCUUCUCCACUACUAUUAUUAUUAGUUCUAUUAUUUAUAAGAUGGGGAGUUUUCCAUAGUUAUUUCCACAUUCUCUCAUCCAUUGUAUCGUUUAUCUGUUUAUUUUAUCCACUACUUAAUUCUACAGUCUUACCAAUCAUGUGCCCUCCCCUCCCGCCCCUGUUGACAUCUCUCUCCUACUCCUGCUCCUUCUCUACUGUGCUAUUUACUCAUCUCUAUCAUUUACGAUUGAAAAGAGACAUAGGGGAUCUAUGAAUCUGUCUAGGCGCCUAUUUAUGGACUUCCCAUCUACUACUAAUCUUUGAAAUACUUCAAAUGGUUGUGCUCUAUCUAUCUAUCUGUCUAUGGUUGUGAACACUGCACUGCACUGCACUACACAGCACUAUUACUACUACGUCGACAACGACGCCGACGACUGCUACUGCCUAACACACUACCAUUAUGUGAGUUGAUUAUAUGAAGGAAAGAUUUAUGAAGGCUUCAACUGGAAGAAUGACAAUAUAAGUAGUAGUAUUCAGUAGUAUAUAUGUCUGUGCGUGUGCGUCUGUAUGUGCAUGUGUAUUUUCUAAUAAAGCUCGCUCCCUUUUUCUACCUGCCUAUUUGACUACUUGUUUGUUUCCGUGUUUUUUUUAGAAAAUUUAUAAUAGAAAUAAGUAAAAGUUUGUCUAUUUAUUGAUUGAUUAGAGAAACUUUAUUUUUUCAGAAAUAAUCUUAGAUAUAUAUAUCCAUUAGUGUAUGUUUUUUUGUCUUCAGAGAAGGAGUGCUCAUCGAGUGGAUUUAGGUGGGGUUCUGAAUGGUAGACUCUCGUUAAACAUCUAUCUAUCUAUCUUCGUAUCUUUCGUCUAUCAGUCUCUUAUCUCUCCCUAUGUCUGUCUUAUACGCACUCUAAUACCCCUCUUAUUUAUUUAUUUAUUGAUGUAAUAGCGGAGAAAAUAAAAUAGUAUUUCUGCUCAUUUAUCUGUGUUGCUGUUUCUCUCUUUUUUUCAAUUACUCCUAUUGAAGUGCACAU